AAACCUUGUCGUCUAAGAUAUAAGUUGAAAAUACAACAAAGAGAACAUGUUAUUGACUUAAGUUUCGUUUGAGCGCGUCCCGCUUGAUGUGAAUCCUAACCGGGUCUAUUCAUCUUCUGAACAAACACCAGGUUACCGGAUGAUAUUGAAAAGGUUUUACCAGCAACCGCAAGAUUUGUUUUAAAUACGAAAUGCGCACACGGGGUAGGUUCAUUCCCAGUCUGGGAAAGCUGAGGUUGUCUGAGGGUAGGUUGCACGUUGGGACUGUGGCACCAUGGUUUCAUUCUGGAACAUUCUGGCUCUGGCUUGUCUGUGUUGUGUCGCAGAUGUCGCCUUGAGCAAAAAUGUCGUCUGCUACUUCUCCAACUGGGCGCAGUACCGUCCCGGGAGCGGGAUGAUGUUCGCCAAGAACAUCAACCCGUACUACUGCAGUCACGUGAUCUUUGCCUUCGCCCAGCUCUCCGGGAACACGAUCGUACCGUAUGAAUACAACGAUGAUACGUCAGACGGACAAUGGCAAAUGCUGAGAGCGCUCAAGAAAACCAACCCCAGCCUGAAGACGCUGCUGGCUGUGGGGGGCUACUCCCAUGGUCCAAUCAGGUUCUACUCCAUGGCCAGCACCAGCGCCAACAGACUGCAGUUCAUCAACAGCGCCAUCUCCCUGCUGCGCUACUUUGGGUUCGAUGGUAUUGACCUUGAUUGGGAGUACCCCGGGGAUAUAAGUGCUUCAGACAAGGUCUACUUCACAGCACUCAUUCAGGAAAUGAGAGAUGCAUUCGAGAAGGAAGCAACCCUGAGCGGUCAACCCCGCCUCCUGAUGAGCGCCGCCCUGCCUGCUGGGAUAUCCAAGGCAGCCUACGGUUACAAUGUGACUGCUCUAGACGCGUAUUUGGACAUCCUGAACAUCAUGAGCUACGACUACCACGGCGUGUGGGAGACAUACACGGGCCUGGCUUCACCUAUGUACUCAUUUGACGGUCUCAAUGUGUUUGAUUCCGUGAACUGGUAUGUAAAUAAUGGCGCCAGAGCCUCCAAGAUUCACGUCGGGUUGUCGUUCUUCGCCCGCACAUGGACGCUGAGCAACCCCUCCAACAACUACCUUGGUGCCUAUGCUAUCGGCGGCGGCACCAACGGAACCUACACGCGCACGGCGGGGAUUUUAUCAUACUACGAGGUUUGCAGUUUGCUUCGUUCAGGUUACACCGUACAGACGGACCCUAUCGGGCAGGUGAAAUACGCUUACAUGGACAACCAAUGGGUGACCUAUGAGGACAGGGAAACCCUGGAUGUAAAGCUUCAAUGGAUUCUGUCCAACAACUUUGGUGGCGCCAUGGUGUGGGCGCUGGACAUGGACGACUUUACCGGCCAAUUUUGUUACCAGAACAGCUGGCCACUUAUGAGCCUGGUGUCCAGCAAGGUGCUCUACGCCCCUGACACACCCACCGCAUCAACGACCGCGUCGCUAUCGACGGCAUCAACAACCACCAAACCAACACCGGCACCAACAUCCACGUCGACAUCAACCUCAACAACAACAAAACCAACAGCAACCACCGCAACACCAGCUCCAACACCAUCAACAACAACCACAAAACUGGCAUCUGGUAGUUCAACGACAGUUGGAGGGACAGGUUCCUCACCGCAGCCUAAAACUUUCACUUGUACAGUCCCCAACGGAUUUUUCGCUGACCCCGCCAGUUGCAACAGUUACUACGUCUGCCAGAAGUACGUACCGAUGUUGAUCAGGUGCCCAACAGACACCUUGUUUAACCCACAAAGUUUGUUGUGUGAAAACAAAUACACAACACGUUUUAUAUGCCUUCUGUAGAGAAGCUUAUAGAAAACCACAGGAUUUUCCCGUUAUCUAUUUUUGGGUAAUGAAAGGGAAGUAACUCUCACUGGUCACCUGACCGACUACAGCCAAUCAACGAGUAGCGAGCACAUUGGAAUAGUUGUAUGUGAAAGCAUACAUUUCUCUUUAUGUGGCGUUUCAAGUUAUGUCUGUAGUGAAAGAAAAUAAAUCUCUAGAAAUAAAUUUUUCUGUUUCA